CGAGUUGGACAAGGGGAGGGAUUUAAUGAGCCUGAUGGUAUUUUUGUAUUGUUGGAGUUUAAACUUUGCCACAUAGUAGAAAGAGGUUUUGACUGGACAGAGGGACGUAAGAGGGGAGAAGAAAAUACUGCACUCAUCUUCACAGCAAGGAAAGCAUUAGGACUGGAAACACUUGGCAAAACCAAAUCAAGAUUGGAGAACACUGACAAGGGCAAUCAUGGCCUGCCCCAACCUUGACAGCAUGGAACUGCUGGAUCUCCUCUUUGACAGGCAGGAUGGAGUUCUUCGCAAUGUGGAGCUGGGAUCCUCAGAGACCCCUUGGAUGGCACAGGAAGACAGAGAUUUACUGAACACUCAAGAGAAUGAAGAUUUCAUCAACUCCAUCUUGGGAGCUACAAACACUGUCCUAGAUUCCCCAAGCUGGUCUCCAGCUGCCAGUGACAGCGGUAUAUCUGAGGAUCCAAAUUCUGAUCAGCUGGACAGCCCCUCACAUUAUGUUCCAACUGGAAGCCCGGGGGCCUAUUCUGAUGGAAGCUCACCCAAUGACCUGGCCUUUGCCCCCUGUCAGGACUCCUGUCAAGCGUUGCCUGUCCUAAAAGGACCAGCCACUGAGCUGAGAGAGAUGGAAGUGUCCAUAGACUUUGACAUGUGGGCUACUGGAUUUUAUCCAGAGGAGAGGCAAGUACCAAAUGCCAUGCAUCAGAAUCCACCCUCCUGCACACUGACUAUUAAAGAUCUCCUUCUUUCAAACAACUCUGAAAUGCACCAGCAGGCCAUGAACCCAUCAGUGAUGAGGCAAACCGCAGGGGCUUGCCAGGAGCUGCUGCUGACUGAGGAUGAGAAAAAAUUGUUGGCCAAGGAAGGUGUGACACUUCCGACCCAGCUCCCUCUUACCAAGUAUGAGGAGCGCGUUCUCAAGAAGAUCCGGAGAAAGAUCCGGAAUAAGCAGUCAGCACAAGAAAGCCGUAAGAAACGGAAGGAAUACAUUGAUGGUUUAGAAAGCCGGAUGUCAGCUUGCACAGCUCAGAACCAGGAGCUACAACGGAAAGUAGUUCACCUGGAGAAGCAGAACUUGUCUCUCGUACAGCAGCUAAAGAAGCUCCAGGCUAUAGUGAUGCAAUCCAGCAGCAAGGCUGCACAAACAGGCACAUGCGUUGCGGUCUUGCUGCUUUCCUUCGCACUGAUCAUCUUUCCAUCCAUCGGCCCUUUCACCCGCAACAAAACUGAGACCGGGGGUGACUUCGUACCUGUGCGAGUUUUUUCUAGGUCCCUCCACAAUGAUGCGUCUUCUAGAAUUGUCAAUUCCCUGGGCAAGGAUGUUGAGCAGAGUGCCUGGGAGGCCAAGGAGAGCCUCUGGAUUGAGCAAGCUCACAGAGAGGACAAUCCCCCCAGCGCCUUGAUCAGAGACCAUGUGCUCUUGGGCCUUCAGGAGGAGGGCAAGACCCUGCAAAACAACUACACGGAGCUUUUCCCGGAAGGCAGACACGCCCAUUUGGAAGGACUCAGGCCUAGCGAUCUCCCUCCAGGCCAGAAUCUGACGUCAGUGGCAUGGACUGAAUCUGACCAGCCUGGGAAAGGGGUCUUGGAGCAGACUGAGGAGCUGUGACUUUCCAUCCAGCUGCUUCCCCUCCCCGGCCUGCUAUUUGGGGACUAAACCGAGAUGGGGAUGGGGGCGCUCUGAGUGUGUGUGGAGUGGCAUUGCUUCUCUCCCAGGCAGUGGGAGGGAAAAGUGUGGAAGAGAAUCACUGUGUGAGAGAGCAAGGGGACUGAAUCCUCUUAGGCUGUUUGGGGUCCACCUGAGAAAGACAGGCUGAGUCCUGGUUUUCCUCUUCCAUUUUUACAUCCAGGGGAAUUCUCCAGGAUGGGGGUGUCAGCAGGUCUGUAGUUGGGGGGAGGCCGCAAGACCUGUUGCAAACAGUUCCUCUCCCCAGUCAGAACUAGGGGCGUGCAGGGUUCAUUAUAGGGAGAAGGCAUGGAGCUUGAAAUCUGAUUUUUCCCAAGCCCUUUGGCUUCUGAGAUUUCUGUUCAUCUUUUUCAGACAUAUGGUUUGCAGUGAUGAUGGGUGGAAACGUGUUUUUUUUUUUUUUGCAAGGAGGGGAAGAGAGUAAAAGCUAAAGUGUAUGGUUACAUUUUGCAGCUUUUCAGAGGUGUACCUACAGAACUGCGGUGCAAGCAUUGUCCGAAGGAUAAUCCUUCUCUUGCAGGGUUAGAGUCCAAGAAGGACCAAAGGUUCACCUAGUUCAGCCACUGCUAUCUUUUUAAAAAAACUUAUUUUCAACAUGAACAUAAAAUGUAAUCUGUGCCUCUAUAGAAACUGAUAAUGAAUGCAAAAUGGGAAGGGUUUUCUUCACCUGUUCAGAUGGUUUAUGCUGAGUCUUGCACAUCUGAUUAUGUAAGGAAGAGCUGCUCUUCAGGCAAGCUUAAAACAGCUUUGGAAAGCAUCUGUUCGUUUUAUUUUCUUCGUGUUUCGUGAACUCCCGCUUUCGGCCCCCACUGCUUGGCUGCUUUCCAUUUUAAGGCGUCGAGUGUGGUGCCGUUUGUUAUACAUGUGAUUGCUUCCUAGAAUGACAUCCAAGUUCCAAAGCCAGCUCAGAAGUUUCGCUGUCUCAGAAGCCCUCCUAGUCCUAACUUCCCAAUUAUUUUCUUUUGAGGACCCAACAGCAGGUCUAUUGGAUCCGGGGUGCAAGGCUCCAGAUGAACACAAGGUGGCAAUAAGACCUCAAUAUUUUCAGUAUCUCUUCCUUGCCCUCUAGUGGCUGAUUAUGUUUGUUGCAGCCCAAAUCUGGCAGCCGGGAACAGCAGCGCUUAAGUCUCCAUCCCGAACCCCAUGCCUUAAAGAUGCUUUCUUGGCACUGCUCUAAGGGGCUUCCUGUUUCAUCCAGAGCCACCUUAUUCUCCUGGGUUUCUUCCUUGGAUAGAGCCCCUUCUCAGUUCCCAGGCUUGAAGUAUAAUUGAGAGCUGUGUAUAAAUCCAUUUUGGAAUAAACCUUGGAAAUGGGACACUUUCAUUGCAAAAGGAGCAGCUGCCCUGGAUUAGUGUGAUCCAGCAGAACUAAGAAAAAGGUUCCUGAAAGCAGGAAUGUGGGGACCCAGAGCCUUGAUCUGAAGCAGGUAGGAGCAGGGGAGUCUGCAGGGCAUGGUCAAAAAAGUCAAGAGGGCAGGUGAAUGGGUGGAACUUUGUUCACACCAUCAUCGUCAUCUUGACUUUUUUUGACCAUAUCCUGUGGUCAGCCAUGGGUGGAUGUUGAGAACUGCUGAGCUGACUUUGAAGGAGUGGUGGGCGGACUGGGAUCAGAAAUUGAGACGUGAAUCCCUUUGCAGCCCUGAAAUACAAGCAGCCAGAAAAUGAAGACCUGAGUUAACAUGUGACCCAUUACAUGCACAAUAAAUGAUUUGAGUUGAAAUGAA